AUGUCCGUUGACCCACUUUUGAUGAAUACCGUACUUCGGGGCUGUGGCUGCGUGGACGCUUCUCUAGACACCGUGGUGCGAUGCUCGCCCUUUGCGAUCUACGCCAUUGCGCAGCAGGCGUAUUACCUCUUCUACGUCGUGGCGACCGCCCGGGCGAUGCUGUCAUCCCCGUCGUCGCCCUACACCAGCAUCGUAAGGCUCACGGCGGAGCGGAAACACGGCGUGGUGGCCUCCUCAAGCUCGGACGGCUGCUUUCUCGCCGAGGGCGGGCUUGAGGGGCUAGGCGGGCUGGCGCAGCGCGUGGCCAUCCUGGGCGCGGGGGCCGUCGCGGAGGCGUACGUCCGGCUGCUCCUCGGCGAAGCCCCGCCGUUGGUGCACCCCACCAGGGUGACCGUCAUCUCCGCACAGCGACCGACAACAAACCAACUCCGUAACGCAUUCGCGACGGGCAUGAGAUGGAGCUCGCGGGCGCAGGCCCGGCCGGUGCUCGCUUCGUGCGACUUUCUUAUCCUCGCGUGCGGGACGGUAGAGGAGCUGCUGGAGCUUCUCAAGGAAAAGGACGCCGAGGUUGUGGCGCCGGAGUCGCUAAAACACGGCCCCGCCUUGCUAAAGCCAACGACGGUUGUCUUUCUAGCGGUCACUGGGGCACCGCGAACGAAGGUGGCUCAGCUCCUGCAGAUCGACGAGUCGCUCGUUGUGUGCGCGGAUGAAACAACUCCACAUCGUGCACCGGGUAUCGCGCUCGACUAUCAUUCCAAGGCCGAGGAGUGUUCUGCUCAGCUCAUCAAGCGCAUGUCCUACUCCCUCUCGUUCUUAGGAGAUGCGGCAAGGCAGGCUGAGGAGCUCCGCAAGAAAUCCAGUCUCACAGAGAGCGGUGACACCUUUUCCUUUCAACCCACACAGUGGGGCUUUACGACCGCGAAUACUGCCUCGAUGUUGUUGACGCUAUCGCAGCAAGCCGUUCCUCAUAAAAACUUCUUUGCUCAAGUUUGGCAUGCAACCCUGACGUGGGUGGGGAGACUGAUGGAGCGCAGCAAACCAUUCCACGACGAGCACGUAACGAGUUCCGAUACGCACCCGUACGUCAGCCGGAAGGAAACUAGAGGCAGCGCUGAGAACAAGCUUUUGGGUAGUGCGAAUUCUUCCAUACAGGACCCGAUUGGAUUUGAAGGGUCGAUGCUCUGUGCUGUCUUGUCGGUUAUUCCACCUUCAAGCUACACCGCCGUCGCGUCUGCUGUUUCGCGUUUGUAUCAACGUAACGUUCAUCCUUCGGAGCCCAACAUUAUCCGGCGAUCACAGCAGGGCAUCGACCGCGCCAGUGCGCUGCGGUUUUGCGACUCGCUGGGUGUCUUACCCUUGGCAUAUAACAGCGAGAUGGAGUUGGGCAAUGAUAUGCGGCAGCAUUAUACUGGGGUGCUAAAGAAGAAUGCGUGUAGGCUCCAAACAUCUUGA